GAUCCAUAGGAAAGCGCUUUGUUAGCCAUUUGACGUUAGCCUGCUAUCUGAUCCAGCUAACUGAGUAGUAAUGCAUCCUGUUAAACGAAUAAGCUGUGGCUCUGCUGCCACUUCCAGUUCACAAACAUCAGCUACCCUCGAUGUUACCAUGUAUAAACUAUUUUAGCAACGGAACAAAACCAUUAACAUUAAUCUAGUUAGUUGCCAGCUGCUUUCCUUUUUAUAGGUUUCCAUGGGAACGCAAUUAAAGCCUCAUAAAUAUAUUUUCGGUUUGUGCAACUUAAAAACCUAAAAACUACCUCCACUUUUCCCAUUCAAAAAUCGUUCAACUGUUCAAGUUUCAUCUGUGUAUGUAUAAAUAACUUUAUUUAAACAGGCAAGGUUAAAAAAUCUCUUAACAUGAGUGUCCUGUCCAAGAUAGCAGCACCACCUAGAACACAGAGGUUAAAAAAACAUAAUGAAUUAUACAAAAUCUAUAAUCAAUCUGUUGUAUCUCUUUUAUAUGCUAACCAAAUAAAAUAGUUUUAGGAAAGUAUCCAAACUGAGCUGUCUGAUAUAUAAGUUUUUGUGUAUAUAACAUUUCUUUGUGGUAAUGUCUUUGUUUGUUUUAUUUAAUUUUAUAUUUUGUCUGUGCAUGUUCUUGUCUGAUUGGAUCCAAGUCUUUUUCUUUUGGGUUUCCUCUUUUUUCUUUUAUGAGUGUUUGGGCAAGUGUUUUACCUACUUGUAGGUGUUAAGCAAUGUACCCAAAUUGAGUUUUCCUACUACAUAUAAUAUCACGGCUUCACCUCCCAAUGCCAUCCUGACAUCCAUAUAUCCAUAGAAGUGUUAAUUGAGCUGCAUAUAACAACCAAGACAAAAACAAAACAUUUACAGACUGAGUUAUUUAGUUUUCAAAGGGCACAUGUCAUAUGACAACAAGCCUCUGUCUCCCAUGGUAACUGUCUGAGGCCCAGCACCCAGUAACCUCUCAUCUAGUUUUGAAACUUGCUUGAAGUCUUUGAGAAUCAACUGUACAUCUUGUUCUAGUCCUGUUAGGGUGGGACUGUCCAUCUGCAUGGUCUCACCUCCUAGUACAAACGUCACAGCAGAAGAAGAGACGUCCCCCUCACCCCACCAGACCCUCAGCCAGCCAACUAUAGUGCUAUUAUAGUUCAAGCAAAGGCUAAUUGUUGGUCUCUUACAAAGGAUUGCACAGUCCAAGUCUUGGGACGGUAAUGCUGUCUCUUUCUACUGUAAACGAUAUGACAGAGCAAGAUGUGCCUCCAUGCAUUUUUCUCUCACCGUGAAAUGUGAUUCAAAGUUGGCUUGAUGACUGCUGACUGGCAGCUUUUUGAAAGAAACUGUAAGUUAGUUUUAGCUGCUUUUUCUUGUUUGUUUUUUCCUCAGAAGAGAAGAUGGUACUGCUUGUGGUUUGUUCACUCCUGUGCCUGUCCUGUUGGGUCUCUUUCUACUUUAUCUUGUGUAAUGUUAACGGGUCCAGGAGCUACGAGUGGAACUGUCGCCUUGUCACCCUGGUACAUGGCAUCUUGGCAGUCUGCAUCACAGCAUAUAUAGGCUAUGUGGAUGGACCCUGGCCUUUUGCUUAUCCAGGUACUAAGAACACCCCUCUGCAGAUAAGUGCCAUGGUGGUCAGCCUGGGCUACUUUAUUUUUGAUAUGGCCUGGUGUGUGUACUUCCGCACAGAGGGACCAGUUAUGCUGGCCCACCACACCAUGAGCAUCCUGGGAAUCCUGUUGACCCUGUGGUUGGGGGAGUCUGGCAUCGAGGGCUGCGCGGUACUCUUUGGCAGUGAAAUCACCAACCCACUCCUGCAGGCACGCUGGUUCCUCAAACAGACGGGACAUUACAGGUCGCUGCUGGGGGAUGUUGUGGACGUCCUGUUUGUGCUGCUGUUUGUGGUGAUGCGAAUCUUCGUGGGAGGCACAAUGCUGUACUGUGAGCUGAUCUCCCCAAGACCCAGAUUCUUUAUCAAGUGUGGGGGUGUGGCCAUGUAUGCUCUAUCCUGGGUGUUCAUGGUGGAUAUUGUUCGAUUUGCCAAACGAAAAAGCAAGAGCUGGCACAAACAGCAGAGAGACCAACUAGAGACAGUUGCAGCUAAUGGUCAUGAAGGGAAGAAGGACUGAUCUGCUUCUGGUUCUUUAAAGGAAAUCAGUUUACAUUAUGUUUUUGGACACACAAGGGAAAGGAAAAAGAAAAUCAACUUUUUGUAUGUUAAACUAAGAUUAACAAAGGGAUAUUUUAAAGUCAUAACUUUCUAUGGCGAGAAAUCUCCUGUGACAUCUGUCUGUAAGGUCCAACACCUGUGCGUUUUGCAAAAAAAACUCAUUUUUAAUGCAUUCAUUGCUGCUGAACACAUGUUAGAUUAUUAUGUAAAAGGUACCGGUGCAGAAACAUCACAGACAUAGUUCAUGUUAUUGAAAACUAAAGCACUUUCUAUAAACACAUGAACAGAUGUUGCAUUCAGUCGGAGUGAACUUUUGCCUAGUCAUAUCUGGUAGUGGUAAGUUCACUAUUAGGAAAUAAAUAGUUUACAUGUAAUUGCCAUAAUCCUUGUCAAACACUUAUUGAAGUUUUAGGACUAGUUUCCUUGGAAUCGUGUUUUGUUUUUUUGUUUUUUUGCUUUUUUUGGCAUUUUUAUAAGUUUGAGCAGAUGUGAAAGGUGUACUCAGGGAGAUGAAGUCAUACUGGAAAGUUGGGGUAAAUUCCAGAGAAAUGUGUGUGAUGUGUUUGAUUACUUUGUUUUAUAUAGUUCAUAGUAAUUCUUUUAAGUAUUUGCCUGAAAUCCUAUUCCAGAUCACGGCCAAAAAUGUUAAUUUAUUUUACUUCCCUCAUGUACAAGGAUACACGAAGAGACACCUCUCAAUUACAUAGUUCUACACUGAUAAUGCUCUUUACUUAGCAUUCCAUUUGGAUAAUAUGUAAACUAUAAUUAUAUUCAAAUGUGUGGUAAAAUGGUAUCAGAAUUUGUACUUUAUAAAGUUGAAGUGUCUGAUUUCACCAUCUGUGUGAACAUGCAUUACUUUAAUCUUUUAGACAAACGACGGACAUAAGAUUUGCUCUGUGUACUGAUAGUCCCCAUUGAUUUAAUUCAAUACAGUAAUGUUUCAGUCUCACAGAGCCAAGAUUUGACAAUUCAGUUAAGUUUAUUAUGAGCUAUCUGCACAGUAUGUUCAUCUUUUGUCUGACUUCUGCUUCAGUUAUGUUAUUUUGAGCCAGCGCCUGUAAACUUUUUGGAGAUAUACAUGGUUCUCAUACCUGUGCAGUCUUGUGCACAGGAGCAUCAUUUUGUUUCUAGCAACCUAAAAUAAUAGAUUUCUACAUUUAGUCUUUACACAUUGUAUUAUUGCACAUGCCCUAGUAGGGUUGGGUAAUAGUUAUCAUUUAACGACUUUCAGUAAAGUCACAUUGAGAUUAUAUAAUCAUAUCAGGUUGUCGUUUUUAUGAAUUCUUUUGUCCAAUUUAAUAAUUAUAAACAUACUAGCAUACAGGAAUAGUUCAGUUUGUUUCAUGUUUUAAUUUACAUGUGUGAAGAGUGUCAGAGUGAACUGUUCUAGUAUUUUAUGUGUGAUUUUGCAUACAUUUGCCAUAUUGUGAUAUUAAUUAUUGGGAAAAUAUUAACCUUAAUGUUGUGACAUUGAUUUCCACCAUAUUGAUCAGACACAACACAAAAGUGCGUCAUGGGACAAAGACAGGUGACUUGUUAUGAGAGAAUAUUAUGACAUAGCCCACUCCAAGACAUGUUCCACGCCAAGAAAGUUACCGAACUACCAGCUGCUAUCUUUGUGCUCAGACUUCAAAUCUGUUUUCUUAUUACUGUGACCAUAUCUUGUUUAUUUUAGUGCACAUAGAUCUCUGCAGUAAUGUGCUAAAUCACCGGUCAUCCCUUUGUUUUUCCCAUUUACGUUGGAUUGAAAUUUGAUGUGUUGCUCUUAUACAAGGCCUGUUUACCUGGCUGCUACUGAAAUCAUGUGAGCGUUACCAUUACAUCCAAGAAAGUAAAAAUCUUACUGGUGUGUGCCUUAGUUAUCUGAAUGUACUUUCCUAAUUUUUUUGUUGUUUCAGUUUUGGGUUUCCUGACUUGCCUUUGUAAUAAUUGUAAUCCCUGUGUAAAAUGAAAUAAAUCUCUGGUAUAUUGUU